CUCUAACCAAUCAGAGUUGACAUGCGCAAUAACGAAUAAAAGUUUGUCAUAUGAUGAGUAUGAUCUCACGUUGAAUGAAGUAUACACAAUCAUACUGUGCUCAAUGAAAGAUAUUCCACUUUUUGAAGAUAGAAGUAGAUCGUAUAUUCUUUCGUACGUUUUGAUUUCGCGUGUAAGGGCGUGACUGUGUGUUGAUUGUUAUAUUUAUUACGUUUUGAAAGAUGGGUGAACCUUCAGGAUUAACAAAUAGUGAAGUGCGUGAACUUUGUAAAGAACCAGAUCCUGCAACAAAUGGUUAUAUUGUGGCGCAUACAAUGUAUCGUAUUAAAGAUCCAAGAAUCACGUUACCAUUUUAUACCGGAGUACUCGGUAUGCGUUUAUUACAGAAAAUUGACUUUCCCGAAAAGAAACUUUCUUGGUAUAUUUUGGGAUACGCAUAUCCUGAGGAUAUACCUACAGAUAGAAGAGAAAGUAUUGAAUGGGCACUUCGUAGAGCUAGUAUAGGACUUACUCAUACCUGGGGAACAGAAACUGAUCCUGAUACUAAGUUUCAUAAUGGAAAUACAAAUCCUCUAGGAUUUGGCCAUAUUGGAAUUGCAGUACCUGAUAUUGAAAAAGCAUGUGAAAGAUUUGAAAAAUUAAAUAUUACAUUUGUAAAAAAAUAUAGCAAUACUAGGACAAAAGGAUAUGGUAUGAUUAAAGAUCCAGAUGAUUACUGGAUUGAAGUUUUUAAUCCAAGGAGUAUUGCAAACAUAGUAUUAAAUCAGUAAUGUUUGUUAUAUUGAAUAAUUUUUUUGAAUACCCUCAAUUUUUAGAUUAGAUUUGAAACAGUAAAAAGCUGUACCUUGCCUUUGCACCAUUAUUUUAUAUUUUUAGCAAUUCUUUAUCACUUUUACAAUCAAUUACUGUUGGGUAUAUGUACAAACCAUAUGCAAUAAAGGUAUUAUAAUAAUAAUAAUAGAUGUAUAAAUUUUAAUAAACGAAACAAUCAGAUAAAAUAGCAUUGCCCACAG